CCGCGCCGACCGACCACUCACCUUAAUGCCGAGAGCUGCCUAGAGAGCCCCGAGAGCCAAGUGCCCUCAACAUGCCGACACUGAGGAUCAUUCACUUUGCCCUCCUCACCAUAAUUUUCUCCUUUGCUGUGAGUUCCAAAAAUGAGUGGACCCCAAUACCUAUCGAAGAUAUAUACCGCAGACUGAGAGUCAAUAUUCAGAAACCUAACAACAUGUAUGACAUUGAUUCUUCAUGGACCUCUAACGUUGAACUGACAACAGAAAAUGACGAUGUAUUGAAAAGUGACGUCAUAAAAUUGGUAGAGCCUCAAAUGCUUUACAGUGACUUUGUAGUGAAAAGGUUUGGUUUGCCGCAGAUGAUGAGCAAAGACGAAAAAAAAUCUAACGAAGACAACACUGUAUCGAGCUCUUCUGCAAUCCAAGAUGAAACGGAUUAUAUUUCAACACAAGUGAAAACCAAAUCUAGUGAAGAGAAAGAAAUAAAACAAGGCGAUGAUAAAAGUAACAUCAAACUUCUCCCUAUAGAAACAUCUACAGAAAUAAGUGUGAGAAAAGCAAAGAAAAUUGAUACAACUGAUUUUGUAAGCGAGUUUCCAGAUAAUUUCGUUAACAGUAAAGAACAAAAUGUGAAUAUUGAAUCAAAAUACACUAUUAAACAGAACAUUCCGUCAGCUACACAAAGUUUAAAAGAAGAUAAUGUUCGAUCCUAUGAAGUUACUGAAAAUUCAGAAAUUAAAGACUUUUUCUAUCCCGAAACAAACAAUAUAAUCAGAUCUGGAUACAUCUACAAAGCACCUGUAGCUAACAAGAUGGUAUCAAAUUCCAACAUAACGGGGAUGUUUUUAGACAUUCUUGACAAGUAUAAAAUACACAAAAACGAUAACUUACAAAACUAUGCAAAAUCUAGAAUUGCAAGUGUUCAAAAAUCUGUUCCACCUCAAGUUAUAUAUUUGCCUUUGCCUUUAAAGGUUCUACACAGGUACAAUAGUCUAAACCACCUACCUGUAGAUCCAAUGUUGGCAGUUUUACUUUCAAACUAUGGAAUUUAUCUACCUUAUUCUUAUGGGCUUCAUAAUAACUAUAGAAAUCUUUACGGUUAUCUCGCUUCUAAUAAUAUUCAUAAUAAUCUUCCUUUUGGUCCGUACAAGGUGUUCGCUGAUACGGAUUCUUCCAGCAAGUGACGUCACAUUUCAGCCUGGUUGGUCCUACAGUCAGUUGUUACAAGACUAUUCCAAGUGCUUAAGCCAUUAAGUGGUUCGGUUUUAUUUAUUUAAGAAGUCUUGGAGUGAGUCUAGCCACUCAGCGCCUUAAUUCGCUUUUUAGAAGAACUACUUUAAUGUAGCCUUUUUAGAUUCCUAGGGUUAUUAGCGAAAAAGUGUGUAUAGUUUUCAAUUAUUAUGGUUGUUUUGUGUUUUAUAUUUGUAUUUUUAUAACUGUUGGUUGUCCUAAAAAUACAUAAAAUAAUGCCUGCGUUAUUACGG